CCUCACUAUAGAUGAAUCCUCUGGUGAAAAGUCGGUUCCAUUUUCAGCCUCCUACAAGUUCUUGUCCUACAGCCAGUCUAUUUUAGAAAUGAGCUACCAGCAUCUGCUUCCUUGGACCCCAAGUAGGAACCCGAGAUGUAUCGCAGCUUCGGGGAGGCGGUUACGCAACCUACUGGUCGAAUUAUGCUACUUAUCUAUCUCAUAACUUUACAUACAUCUGUGAACAGCACACUCGUCAUAUAGCAUCUGCGUUUUUCGAGGCUACCUCAAGUAAGACAACAGUCUACUCAACUCUGUCCGUGCCCAUUCUCUAGUUUAACGAAGUCCACCAAGGCAUCAUCUUAUCAAAUGGCAGAAACACUCAUUAAAAGCCUUCAUCCCAACAAAAUCACCCAAAGUCACAUCAACUACUUGAUAACAGCAAGUGUUAUGUGUUUCGCGUCCACGCUCCUAGUUUUACUACGAUUCAUUCAACGAUAUAAACUAGUUGCUAGGAGGACAUUUUGGUGGGAUGACUGGGUUAUCCUGGCGGCUCUAAUCUGUGCCUAUGGAAAUUUUGCAAGUGGUAUACUAACUAGGUGGACUGGAUAUCACAGCGAACAAUACUCGGUCGAGGAGCUUAACACGUUUGCCAAAGACACCCUCGCGGGAGAAACACUCUACAAUGCAAGCAUCACUUUAUCCAAGGCCUCUAUCCUGUUUUUUUACAGUCGCAUAUUCUCUCCAGAUAGGAAAGCUCUUAUAGUCUUACGCGUUGUUGGCUUCUUUCUGUUCGGAUUCUGUAUGGCAGCCGUUUUUGGCCUCAUAUUUGCCGAUCACCCUGUCCAGGCCCAAUGGAAUAUCCUGGAGCCCCAUACAAGCAUUAAAAACAAGAACUUUUGGAUCGCGAUGGCUAGUAUAAAUAUCGGUCUUGAUGUCACCAUUCUAGCCAUCCCUCAGGCUAAGGUGAGACAAUUGCAGAUGUCUAGGAAGCGGAAGCUUCUUUUGCAGGGCGUUUUCCUGCUUGGGGGCUUUGUUAUCAUUGCGAGCAUUGUACGGAUUAUAUAUCUUUGUACUAUUGAUCUAUCAGAUGUUACUUACACCAUCAACUUGCCAGCAAUUUGGACAAACGUCGAGAUGAAUAUGUCGAUCGUUUGCGCUUGUCUUCCAGCUGUUUACGGCCUCUUCAAAUUCCCACAGCUACACUUUGACGGUUCCCAGUUACGCCAUAAACUUUCCAUGGCAAGUUCAAUUCGCAAACUAUUCGGAAACAAGAGCGACGCAUCAUAUACUGAUAUUGAGCACCUUUCGGGCAAUGCAAAUCACAUUUAUAUGGCUAGCAUACAUGCCCCGGGGAAGUUAAAUAAGGAGUCUCAUGAUGCGAUACCAUUAGGAAAAGUGCACGUCCAAAAUGAUUUUGCAGUCGAAUAGCGCUACGGCAGCCGGGCAGCAAAGUUUCCCAUGACGGGUAGGUAAUUUUUUAUCACAACGCCCACGGAAACUUCUAGACGACUUACCAAGUCUUGUUCUCCCUCUAGAGGAAUGAAUCAUGUCACAUACUAUAUUAAGACAAUUUGAUAACUCAAUCUUUCU